AGAGUAGCCAUUGAAUGAAUUUAAACUGAAAUUUAAGUUCAUGAAUUAGGCAUUACUUAAAAGAAAAACAUCAGAAACGAAUAAAAUGUAGACUGAUAUAAUUUGUAAGACUCAGCAGUUAAAUAUGACGGAUACAAAUCUAAAGAGUAAGACUUCGGAAACUCGUGAAAAUGAUAAAGCAGACAAGGAAACUCGUGAGAAUCACAACGUAGACGACGGAAGUAAAUUUCAGGAUCAUAAAAUUGAGUGCGAAGAAAUCAAUGGGAGGUCAAUUGGUAAGGCAAUAAUAAAAUAUUGCGGACACGAAGGGACGGAGAACGACAGAAAUACACGAUAUCUCAGAAGACUCCUGCAAGCCGUUAUAUCGCAUAUAGAAAAGGAACAUCCGGAUACAUGGAAAAAUGCUGAAAUAAGAAUUUAUGAUUACAACUUUGAAAUAUAUAGCAUAAAAGCUGGUCAUGGUAAACAUAUGUUCAUGGUGUCUCUUGAUGAAAAUGAUGAGCCAAAAGUAAUCAAGACAAAACCGUCAAUAGUUAAUUCAAAGACAGAACAUCAAAGAUGUAUUCUUAUGUAAUUAUUGACUAAAAAAGUAUUAGACUGACAGUAUGUACACCAAUAAUCAAAUUUAUAUAGAUUGUGAUAAUAAUUAUAGUAUCACUGAUUUGCAAACAUUUGAUUGUUUAUACUCAUUUUAAGAAAUAAAAUGUAUCUGUAUUUUAUCAACAUUCAGCAUUUGUUAAGACCUGAAUAUCACAAAUAUGUUAAAACCCGUGUUUAUUCAAAUGCCUUAAAGUAUGUAUAUUACACUUGAAUAACAUAAAAAAAUAUUGUAUUUUAUAUUAUUUUUCAGUAAAAGAACUAUAAUGCUA